AUGGCACAAGGCGAUACAAUAGUCACGAUUCUCGGUGGAACUGAACUUCAACGAACUUUUGCGACAUCUGCCAAGCGUCCUGCUAUAAACAAGAUCUAUGCCUCAGCUGCAGAGGCAAUUGCAGACAUGAAAAGCAACAGCACUGUGCUGGUAGGAGGCUUUGGUCUCUGUGGCGUCCCAAAUACUUUGAUCAACGAAGUGCGCGUAAACAAAUCGCGUAUCAAUGGUCUUACUGCGGUCUCCAAUAACGCAGGAACUAACGGUUCCGGCUUAAGUCUACUAUUGGAGACGAGGCAGAUUAAGAAGAUGAUUGCUAGUUACAUUGGAGAUAACAAGAUAUUUGCAUCGCAAUACGGAAAUGGAGAACUAGAAGUGGAAUUGACUCCUCAAGGCACAAUUGCUGAGAAGUGUCGUGCAGGGGGCGCAGGUAUUCCGGCAUUCUAUACGCCAGCCGCCAUGUGCACAGUCGUACAGACUGGUGAGCUGCCGACAAAACACCAUCCAGAUGGCACACCUGCAGAAUUCUCAUUGCCAAAGGAUGUCAGAAUCUUCAAUGGAAAGCCGUAUCUUCUCGAAGAGGCAAUCAAUGGAGAUUAUGCGUUCAUCAAGGCAUUCAAAGCAGACAGACUAGGCAAUUGCCAGUUUCAUCUAUCCGCGGCCAAUUUUAACGGUCCCAUGGCACGCAAUGCCAAGAUGACAAUAGUUGAGGCCGAGCAUAUUGUUGAAGUUGGGGAAAUAAACCCAAGCGACGUUCAUCUGCCUGGGAUAUAUGUCAAGCGCGUCAUCCAGUCGCAAGUUCCCAAAACGAUUGAAAAAUACGUUAAUUCGAAAGCGUUGGACACCUCUACAAAUCCAGCUUCAUCGACCCACUCUGCAACAGAGAACAGUAACAGAGAAAAGAUUGCGCUUCGCGCGGCAAAAGAAUUCAAGAAUGGCAUGUAUGUGAAUCUCGGAAUUGGCAUCCCAGUGUUAGCAAGCACUUUUGUUCCUCCAGAGGUCGAGGUGUUGCUUCACUCCGAAAACGGGAUUCUUGGACUAGGACCAUAUCCAAAGAAAGGCGAAGAAAACCCUGAUUUGAUCAACGCAUCAAAGGAAACUGCUACAAUUAUCCCGGGAGCCUGCACCUUUUCAAGUGAUGAGAGUUUUGGCAUGAUUCGAUCUGGCAGAAUUGACCUUACAAUUCUCGGUGCCAUGCAAGUAAACGCAACUGGUGACCUCGCUAACUGGAUGCUGCCAGGAAAAGUCAAAGGUUUUGGCGGAGCCUUGGAUUUAGUUUCCAAUCCUGAGAAGACCAAGGUGGUCGUGACUAUGGAGCAUACCGAUCGAAAAGGAAACCCCAAGAUUGUUCGCCAGUGUACAUUCCCGCUAACUGGUAGGCAAUGUGUUUCAACCAUUAUUACGGAACUGGGAGUGUUUGACGUGGACUGGAAAGAAGGAUUGACACUGCGGGAAAUUUCAAGUGGAGUGACAGUUGAUGAAAUUAAAAGCAAGACUGAAGCACCAUUCAAAGUUGCUGAAGAUCUCAAGACAAUGGACAGCUAG